UGAAAAUCGCACGAAAACAAACAUUUAAAUGUGGCGUGAUUAUUUUUCGCGAUGGAAUUGUUGCUUCUGCAUCGAUCCACGACGCGGAGUUAUUGCUCUCGGAAUCAUCAGUUUACUCCUGCGACUUGUCCGAGCCGGAUUACUGACAUCUAUGAAUAUUGUGAGUUUACUUUUUCAAGAUGAACCGUAUUUGGAGUUCCUGAGGAUUGAUUUUGCAUUCGUAAUUAUUUUGGCUUGUGCUGCUGAUGGUCUUCUAGUUGUUGGAGCGAUCAAGGAAAUUCUGGAUAAUGUGAAAUGUUACAUUUAUAUCAGUUAUGUUGUGUUGACUUAUGAAAUGUUGAGCUCGAUUUUCUUGGUUGCAGUUGGAGGUUUGGAUUAUGUCGCGCUUUAUAUCGACUCAGUUGUUCUUUUUAUUUUUAAUUUUUACUGCUUGUUCAUGGCCUAUAGUUUAUACAGGACAUGGGCAUUACAGACGAGAAAACAUUACUUCGAUAAUGUCGUUUAUUAUAUUCCACACGAUGCGGAGAAUCAACCUUCACUAAAUCUAUAAAAAAAAUAUUUAUUCUUUAUUAAUGGAUUAAUGUGAUGAAAAUUUCUUAAGAAAAAUAUAAAAAUUAACUAAAAUUAUUGUUCUUUGUA